ACAAAGUCCACAGCCCAAUGAACAAAAAAUUGAAGGGUAUGUGCGGCGGCAAGGGUUUUGCAGGCUGAGGCUGACGGAAGAAGACGACGGAGCGAUUCUCCAAGGAAGGAAAGGAGACCAAAAUGAAGUCGGUGGUGGGGAUGGUGGUCUCCAACAAGAUGCAGAAGUCGGUUGUGGUGGCGGUCGACCGUCUCUUCCACCACAAGCUCUACAACCGCUACGUCAAGCGCACCUCCAAAUUCAUGGCUCACGACGAGGCAAAUCAGUGCAAUAUCGGCGAUCGAGUGAGGCUGGAUCCUUCGCGGCCGCUGAGCAAGCGGAAGCAUUGGGUUGUGGCUGAGAUUCUCAAGAAGGCCAGGAUAUAUACGCCGCCGUCUGCUGUUAAGGACGCUUCUGCGCCUGAUGCUGCUUAAGAACUGGUUAAUAUGUUGUCAAUAGAGAUGAAACACUUUCAUUAGGCCGUGUGUCGGGCAGUCGGCUGAAGAUGAUAAGGUAACUUAGUAUGCUUUCUUAAUCAUUACAAUUUUUUUUUAACUUUUUUUUUCUUCGAGGUUGAAUGUGUUUUCCAAUGUGCAUGUCGAAUAUAAGAACAAAGUGAAAUUUUUUUAGUACUUGUAUUCUAUCCGGAGCAACUUGAA